AUUAAUAAAAUAUUAAUAUAAUUUAAAUUGCGCUAAUACUUUUUAUUGGUGCUUGCGAUUCGAUCACUUCUUUUAAGACUCAUCACUGCCAUCGAUAGCAUUACCUAUUGCUGGCUGGCCUGCUUCCCUCGCCCAUUCUGGACCUCAGUAUCUCCGAAGCCUUCCUUUCCGCCGCUCCCCGGUCCAAAAAGCCGAGCUAAUGGCCGGGAAGCUGCUACGGAAGCUUAAGGACAUGCUCAAGCACCGGCCGCACUCCUCUCAUCACCGUCCCGCCGCCGCUGGCCCCUCGAGCGACGCCGCGUGCCGGGUGGCCUCCGUGGAUGGCGGCGACAAGCAGGGUGACGGGCUCCACCUGGUCUACGUAGGUAAGUCGCGAAGGCGGUACCUCAUUAGCUCCGACGUGAUCGACCACCCUCUCUUCCAGAUCAUCGCCCAGCGUCACGCAGACGGUGACAGCAGCGGCGGCGCCGGCACAGUGGUUGGCUGCGAGGUGGUGCUGUUCGAGCACCUCCUCUGGAUGCUCGUGAACGCCGACCUGCAGCCCGAUUCUGUCGACGAGCUCGUGGAGUACUACACCUGCUGAGGACAGUGGUUGAUUGAUUCGCAUGCACGCAUCCGCAUUAAAUGUAUUCAUGUAAGUUAACGUGAGAUGUGCCGUUUAAUUCUCUGUCUAUUAACGAGCGAGGCAAAAAUAAAAGCAAAUGAACUAACCUGUUCAAAACAUGAAGGUUGGAUAUCUUUCCAUCUCAUGUUAAUGUACUUUGUAAUGUCAACAUGGGUAGUCUUUUAUUCU